ACGAUUAUCACGUGUUUGACUCUCUUCGGCCAUCGCUAUUGAAAUUUAAAUUGUCACAUGUAGUGUUUUAUUUGGAAAACAGCUUGUUAUUGAAUAUUUUAUCCGGUGUAACUUUCAAUAUUUCUAUUUACUUGUGAAAAUGACACUGUUUUGAUUCGGAACGACAAUGGCGAGCAAAUCGGUAUUGGAUCUGUUCGAAAAAGUCAUCAAAGCCCCUCAAAAUGGCAAACCCAAAUUGUGCAUGCAACUGGUGAAGCAUCUGCAACUGUCCACCGAUAAUGAGCUGGACGAGCAACAACAAAAAGAAGUGUUCUACGUGUUGACCAGAUUGAUACGCGGUCUGGGCUCUCCCAAAACCCAAGUCAGGACCGUCUAUUAUUCUGUGCUAGUAGUCGUUAUCAACUACUUGACCGACAAGUCUUGGUUUGACUUUCACAGUUUCAAAGACAUCGUAGACAAAGAAUUAUCGAAAUACGAUUCCAAAGCGGAAGAAGGCGACAUUCUCUCGGGCAAAGUUCUGUGCUAUGGAGCGACCAUACGUAGUGGUUUGUUCGGUACCGCAUCGAUGGACGAUCAAAAAUCGAUCGUAGCGGAACUUUUGAACAACACCAAAACAAGGGCAUAUCUACCUUUAUUGACUUAUAAAUUUCUAACCAAAGGCAUUGACUCGUCUAGUAAUGUCGUGUUCGCCGAGAUCGUGUGGCCUUUAUUGAAAAGAAACAUCGGUUUGCCGAUCGCAAAGCAAACUCUAGAUUCGUUAUAUUGCAUUAUCGAAGUACACAAACAAUAUCCGUCCUUAAUCAACGGCUCGUUCGUGCCGAGAGUGUUCGAUACGGCCACGGAUCUUUUGUGCAACGAGUCUAUGAACGAAAUUGCCAAGAUUUUAAUAUUUACCGUUUCUAGCAUGGAAAUGCUCGAACAUCCGAUUUAUGAAUCGUUUGCCGAAGCGCUGACUUUGGCCGACGACAGCGAUUCUCUCGUACAGUCGUUUUGGUCGGUCCUGCAGCCUCACUUCACCGGCCCGCAUAAUCGGUUCCAACAAAUGGCGGCAAUGAAACUGUUUUCGAACUUUGUCAAAAACUGUUCGCCGAACAGUAUGGUCUCGUUGUUGUCCAAUUGGUUUUUGGACAUGCUGCUGAAAUCUUUUUCGCGGUCCAACGCCGACGCCCUGACGUCGUAUGCCAAAACAAGCAUCACUGCCGUAAUGGAGCGUGUCAGUGGUUUGGACACGGCCGUAAUACCGUACAGAGUGUUGUUGAAAUUUAUUUUGCCUCCGGGUGAUAUGAUGAUCGAAAAAAUUACAGGCAUUAAAAUUGUCCAAAACUGUUUGAUGAAAAUGGACGAAGAGCACAUCAAACUGUUGGCCAAACAAUGUCAUCUGGUUAUACUGAUGAAGAAAAAAGGCAACAACGACAAGGCUCAUUUUUGGAAAAUCCAAGAUCGCGGAUACGCCGCACAGCUUCUCGCUAGGAUUUUGGGAUUACAAAAUUGUACGGACACAGCGUGGAAAAUCGAUCAGAUAAAAUUCAUGUUGGAGAACGCGUUUUUCGCCAGCGCCAGCGAAAAAUAUCACAUUAGUCACGAAUUGUCGGCUAUUAUAAGGGAUUCGUUUUUGAAAGCGCUCAGCUACAAACAACCCAACAUGGAAACGCUCAGGGUCACUCUGUCCACGUUGGUACAUUACACCGACGAACUGGUGAAAUCCAACCGACAGCUCAGGUCGAAAACGUCCAAAGAGGACUUGGCCGUUUGGAAAGUAAUGACCAAGACGACAAGAGAAAUUGAAAAGAAACUGAAAAAGUGUCAAAGCAAAUCCAAAGAGGAGUCGAUCCUUUUCGUUUUCCACAUAAUGUUCUUGCAAAUGGGACUUUAUCUUUUUGUCGAGCCGUCGGUCGCCAAGGAAACGCUAGAGGAAUUGCAAAACUGUUACGAACACCAUAAAAAAGAUAAUGGCGAAGACGACGUAGACGACCAGCCUAAUUGGGUCGAAGUCGUUGUUGAACUGAUGUUGUCGUUGUUGGCCAAAGAAUCGUAUUUGUUACGGCAGCUGAUUACGCGUAUAUUUUCACAUUUGUGUUCGGAAUUAACACCUCAAGCUUCUCAUCAAAUUUUACAAGUGUUGAAUCCGGAAUACGAUACGGUUUCAAAUACGAUGAACGAAGAUAGCGACGACGACGACGAGUCUGACGAUUCGGAAUCUGACAAAGAAGACGUAGAAGAAGAAGACAGCGAAACCGAUGUUAAAGUUAACGGAAACGGGCUGAACGGUCGUCACGACGACGCGGAAGAGAGCGACUGUUCCGACAUUGACGAAGAGCUGAGCGACGAAGAUCAAGACAGCACAGAACAGUUGAAGUUGGCCCUGCACAAAGCCAUGAUGUCGGCUAACCAACAUUCAGACGACGAAUCUGUCGACAUUGACGACAUGACCGAAGAAGAGGGCAAAAUGAUGGACGACUUGCUGUCGGAAGCGUUUAAAAACUACAAGAAAAACUCUAGCAAGAAUCCUAAACACAUUAAAGAGAAAAUGAACUUUAGGCUGAGAGUUAUGGAUUUGGUCGAUAUAUAUCUGGACAACAACCCGUCGCUGUGUCUCAUUCUGGACACGAUCCCUGCGCUGUUUGCGUUGCUCGAGUUCUGUAUCAAAGACAUACAACAGCGUCCGCUCGAGACGAGAGUGCGAUCGGUGUUGAAAAAAAUCAGUCAGUUGAAAAAAGUCGACAACACGGACAGCGUGGACGAAGAGUUGAUGUCAACGGUCCUGAAACUGUUGAUGGACAAGGGCGUCAGGACGACACCCGUGUUUUUGGACAUCAGCACGCACAUAACGCAGUGUUGUACGUUUUUGGUCAAAUCGUACGUGCACAUGAUUUCGAGCAGAACGAGCAAGAAAAAAAAGAAAUCGUCAAUGGUGAUUGGCAUUUUGGAGGAUUGUCUUACAGACUUUUUCACCAAGAGGGACUGUUUGUUGCCCGUGGCCUUGUUCGAGUCUUUGCUAUCGAAAGUGUCGUGGGAUCGCAACUUGGAUCUGUUGGAGUGCAUUUUGCCGUUUGCAUUCAGCGACGCCGUCAGGUGGUACAGACGGUCUCAGGCCGUAUGCAUUCUGGUGUCGUUUUACCAGAACACGCGACUGUUGGAACAGCUCGACGACAAGAGUCAACUAGACCGAAUUGAAAACAAAUUAUCAGACUAUAUUAUUAAAUUUUUCACGUCUCUAGACGACAGUCAACCGGACGUGUCCGGACGGCAACGGUACAUUAACGAAAUAUUGAACGUUCUCUGCGUGAUAAGUUCGAAUAAGUUUUCGCAUCACAGUUGCGACUGGCAACGGCUGAAUGACGUUUUGGAAACCUCGACGAGCCGAUUCAAUCAGGCCGGCCGCAAAAAUUGGAACCGGCUAAAGCAAUGCGUUCAAAAAAUGAACAGCGCCGAAGCUAAAAUACAACGCAACAAUGUAGUCGAAAACGGCACGCUCAAGACGACUCCCGUCGGUAAAACGCCCGUUAAACGGAAAUCGUUGAUUGUGUCCAACAAAAAAGUUAAAAAAAUUAAAAAUGUUUAGCACUAUAA